ACAAACAUAUAUAAAUUAUUUGUAACUGUAAUAAACCAAAAUAAAUAAUAGAAAUAGUAUCACAUAUUUUUAUUAUUUGAAACAAUAAAACCACAAACGAUACCCAGCAAUAGCAACAAUCCAUAAAAGACUUGUAAAAAUCCCUAUAAAAUCAACCUCAAAAGAUGGCUUUGCGUAUUUCGGCGAAAUAUAAAAAUCAUUUAGGACUCAUCAUUUAUGGUUUCACUGGUCUCCUGCUGUUGACAACAGCAACCUCAUACACAUUAGCUGGCCGUUUAUUUGAUGUUACAAAUUUGGAAUAUGAAAAAAUUAUAGCAGAGGCUGGUAAAAAUGUAACCAUACCCUGUCCGGGUGUCACCGAACAUUCUCUAGUGGAUACAUUGGUAUGGAAAACAGCCACAACAACAAUAGCACAAUUUGCCAAUCGUAUACCCCUGUUACAUAGUCCUAGAAUACAACUUUUGUCGGAAAAUUUUGCAUUACAUUUUGCUCCAGCCUUAGCUAUAGAUACAGCAGAAUAUAUAUGCCUAGUAAAUGACCGUCAUAUACCAGAAGCAAUUGUUGAUUUACUGGUGCAAGAUGUACCAGAUCCACCUGAAAGACCACUACUGAUAAGUUUUACAUCACGUUCCGUUAACUUAUCAUGGGCCCAUUCACAACAUCCACGAAAUGCUCCUGUAACGCAUUUUAUUAUUGAAACCAGAGUGGGCGAGAAUGGUCAGUGGGAUCAAGUGCCACAAAUACAAACAAAAUCGAAUGUGACAUCGUAUCAAGUAACUGGCCUCGUACCAUUUACAGUGUAUAGUUUUCGUUUGAAAGCAGUCAAUAAAUUGGGCAUUAGUCCACCCUCCAAAGAAUCCUACUACAUAGUGACCUUGCGUGAGGCGCCUACGGGUAAACCCAUACCCACAGCUGCCCACAAUACAUCAUCCACCUCUGUAUAUAUAUCAUGGAAACCACCACCUCCGGAUACGAUAUUGGGAGAAUUUCUUGGUUAUCGUAUUACCUAUAGACCCCGAGAUCGUAAUCCCAAUGACACCAAAGAAAUCUAUAUACGAGAUUCAACGAUUGAGAGCCAUGAAAUUCUCAAUUUGGAACCCUAUACCCAGUAUAAGGUUACCGUGCAGGUUUUCAAUCCCGAAGGAUUGGGACCUGAAACUACCAUUUUGGUAAUGACAGAUGAAGGCGUGCCAAGUAAACCUCAGAAUCUCACCGUAUUAGAUGUUACGGCAACAAGCAUAACGAUGUCUUGGCAUCCACCUAGAAAUCAAAAUGGUGCAAUUGCUGGUUAUCAUGUCUUCCAUAUACAUGAAAAUCAAACAGGCGUGGAGAUUGUAAAACGUAAUGCUGCAGAUUCAGCCAUUACAUUUGAGCUGCCAAAAUUGAAACCCUUCACUGAAUACCGCAUUAAAGUCAAUGCCUUCACCACCAAAAACGAAGGUGAAUCCUCGGAUAAAAUACUGCAACGCACCGAUGUGGCGGGACCCAGUGCACCGAUUAUUGUGAAUUUAACAUGUCAUUCGCAAGACUCGUUAACCAUACGCUGGAAGCGACCCUUAGAAUUUUAUAAUAAUAUUGAUUUUUAUAUAAUAAAAACAAAAAUUAUGGGCCAGGAUACACAUCGCGAUAUACGGAUAAAUGCUUCGGCUAAGGAAUUGGAAACGGCGAUGAUUAUACAGAAUUUAACCAUGUAUCAAUUGUACGAAGUUAAAGUGGCGGCUGCUACUUUUAGCAUUAUAAAUCCCAAGAAAAUUAUAUUGGGUAAAUUUUCGGAUGGCAAAAAGAUUGGUUUACAACCCAACUGUGAAAAGAUACAACCUCUUUUGCGCCAAUCUCAUAAUGAUUAUAAUUUAGCGGUUUUGGUUGGCAUCAUUUUCAGCUGCUUCGGCAUCGUGCUCAUUGUAAUGGCAUUCUUUUUAUGGAGCAGGAAGUGCUUCCAUGCUGCCUACUACUACUUAGAUGAUCCACCACAUCAUCCCAAUGUGCCACAAGUUGAUUGGGAAGUACCCGUUGAAAUUGCUGGCGAAAUACGUGCAGCUGUACCCGUAAAUGAGUUUGCAAAACAUGUGGCCUCGUUACAUGCCGACGGUGAUAUUGGUUUCAGUCGGGAAUAUGAGGCCAUACAAAACGAAUGCAUUACCGAUGAUUUGCCCUGUGAACAUUCUCAGCAUCCGGAGAAUAAAAGGAAAAAUCGUUAUUUAAAUAUAACAGCCUAUGACCACAGUCGUGUACAUUUACAUCCCACUCCGGGCCAGAAAAAGAAUUUGGAUUAUAUUAAUGCUAAUUUCAUAGAUGGCUAUCAAAAGUCAAGAGCUUUUAUUGGCACCCAGGGUCCUUUGCCCGAUACAUUUGAUUGUUUUUGGCGCAUGAUUUGGGAGCAACGUGUCUCCAUUAUUAUCAUGAUUACGAAUUUAGUGGAACGAGGACGCCGCAAAUGUGAUAUGUAUUGGCCCAAGGAUGGUGUAGAAACCUAUGGUGUCAUACAAGUGAAACUAGUCGAAGAGGAGGUCAUGGCCAUGUAUACAGUGAGGACGUUGCAAAUUAAGCAUUUAAAGCUCAAGAAAAAGAAACAAUGCAAUACCGAGAAAAUAGUGUAUCAAUAUCACUACACCAAUUGGCCCGAUCAUGGGACUCCCGAUCAUCCCUUGCCGGUGUUGAAUUUUGUUAAAAAAUCUUCGGCCGCCAAUCCAGCCGAUGCUGGUCCCAUUGUGGUCCACUGUAGUGCUGGUGUUGGCCGCACAGGCACUUAUAUUGUCUUGGACGCCAUGCUUAAGCAAAUCCAACAGAAGGGUGUGGUUAAUGUAUUUGGUUUCCUGCGUCACAUACGUAUACAACGUAAUUUCUUGGUACAAACCGAGGAACAAUAUAUCUUUAUACACGAUGCUUUGGUCGAGGCCAUAGCAUCGAGUGAGACUAAUUUAAGGGCAGAACAAAUUGAGGAAUUGAAAAAUUGCACUCCGUAUUUGGAGCAACAGUAUCGCAACAUCAUACAAUUCCAGACCAAAGACAUACACAUUGCUUCGGCCAUGAAGCAGGUUAACUCGAUUAAGAAUCGUGGUGCUAUAUUCCCCAUAGAAGGUAGUCGGGUACAUUUGACACCCAAGCCAGGCGAAGAGGGCAGUGAUUAUAUAAAUGCCUCUUGGCUGCAUGGAUUUAGAAGACUGCGUGACUUUAUUGUCACACAACAUCCCAUGGCCCAUACGGUCAAGGAUUUUUGGCAAAUGGUUUGGGAUCACAAUGCUCAGACAAUUGUUUUGCUAUCAUCAUUGGAUGAAAUUAAUUUUGCCCAAUUUUGGCCCGAUGAUACGUCACCCAUUGAAAGUGAUUAUUAUCGUGUGAAAUUUUUGAGUAAAACUAAUAAAUCCGACUAUGUAAGUCGAGAUUUUGUCAUACAAUCCAUACAGGAUGAUUAUGAGUUGAGUGUAAAAAUGUUACAUUGUCCCAGUUGGCCGGAAAUGUCGAAUCCCAGCAGCAUUUACGAUUUCAUUGUUGAUGUCCAUGACCGUGGCAAUGAUUAUCGUAAUGGACCAAUUGUUGUAGUGGAUAGAUAUGGUGGAGCUCAAGCCUGUACAUUCUGUGCCAUUUCUUCGCUGGCGAUUGAGAUGGAAUACUGUCAAAUGGCGAAUAUCUAUCAGUAUGCCAAAUUAUAUCAUAACAAACGUCCCGGCGUUUGGACAUCGAGUGAAGAUAUACGCUUAAUCUAUAAUAUACUCGCUUUGCUGCCACGUAAUUUGCAGUUAUUGAAACGUACUGCCAUUAAAACGGAAAUCGAAGAUGUUACAACCGCCACACCGGAUCUAUACAGUAAAAUCUGCAGUAAUGGUAAUGAAAUGCUAAUAAAUAAACACAAUCAUGAUAUGAUGAAACGUAUCAGCAGUAAUAAUCAAAAUCAAUGUCAAAAUUUAAAUCAAAUCAAUUUGAAUGCGAAUUUGAAUCAAAAUCAAAAUCAUACAGCGCAGUAUACAACAACAACCACUACACCAUCUCCACAACAAGCAUCACAACAGAAUCCAAUAUUUAAUCAAAUACAAACCACCCACCACCACCACCACCAACAACAACAACAACAAUCACCACCACAAACACCAAAUCCUUCACAAUUACAAAAUUUAUCUGCAACUUGUGCAACAUCUAAUAAUCUAACAUCAUCACAAUCAGCAUCCCUAAUAAAUCACAAUCAGAUUCACAAUAAUCAAAAUCCAUCAUUAUCAUUGUCAUUAUCAGCAUCUUCAGCAUUAGAUAAUAAUAUUGGCCAUAAUCCUAUAAACAAUCAAAAUCAAAAUACUACAACACAUCCUCAUUGUAAUAACCUUCUUCUUUAUAAUAAUCAUAUUAAUAAUACUUUAGUUAAUAAUGAAAACAAUACUAAUAUAAAUUUUAAUGAUUCUUCUAAUACUUUUAACACCACCACCACUACUACUACUACUAACACUGGUAAUGGGGAUCUAACAACAUCUCCUAAUUGUUGCAAUACUACUACUUCAACUACUAAUCUAAACAACUCAACUUCUAAUAAUAUUGCUUUGCAACCAACAAAUGCACCUACAACACCAUCACCACCACCGCCACAACCGGUCAACUCCUCUGCUAUGGUUUAUCAUCAACAACAACAAAUGUUGGCUCUGUUAAAUCAACAACAAUAUGUGCAACAUUAUGCCCUAAAUGAAAAUCAACAACAAUUGCAACCUGAAAUAAAUGACGAUAAUUUUGAUAUAACAUCAUAUACCCCACCACCACCACCGGCGGCAUUCUCUAAUGGUUCCACAAACACAACAAUGGGAUCUCCCAUACCACCACCGGCUCUGCAUAUUGUUGAUCAUAAUCCAAUUGAUUCAAUUGCCGAUUAUCCCAUUGGUUUACAAAACUGUCCACCAAUACGUUCCUCCUCACCCCCCUCCAAUUCCUCCUCACCUUUGCCCAUGCCCCUGGCUAAUGGCAACAAUGAUUUGAAUAAAUCAUUCUCUUCUACCUCUUCGUCCUCCUCCUCUUCGGCUUCCUCACAACCACCUUCUUCUACAAAUUCCCUCAAUGCCAUAAAUGGUGCUUGUUUAAAUAAUUUAACCACUCCCCUGACAAACACGACUACAGUUACUGAUGCUCAAAGCUUAGAUAUCGUAGGUUAA